GGCAGGUCGGCUCUGUACACUGCACAGAGAGAGAGAGAGAGAGAGAGAGAGAGAGAGAGAGAGAGAGAGAGAGAGGCUGCAGUCCACUCCUCCGUCCCGGACAGUCGGCACCGAGCAUCCAUGCGCCAAACGGACUUUUGGAUUCGGAGCGCAGACUGAGACGAGCCUUCUCCUGGAUCAGCUUCACUUUCCGGAUUAAAACGCUGUUUAAAAACUCUCCGACUCUUCUGAACCAGCACGCGUGUGUUUGUCCGAGCUCAGAUCACCGCGGACACUUUGCUGUGGACUGAAGCGAAGUCCAUUGUCAGACCUAAAGACGCCCGCUGCUUCCCUCAGGAUUCUCACAUCUGCGGAGUUUGGAACUGAUUUUUUCAUAAAUGUCUCUGAUCAGUCUGCGGGCUCCUGUUGUCCGCGCAGGAUCCGCGCAGCCCCGCUGUCUCCUGCAGGUCGGCGCGUCUUUGUCAUUCUAAUGCCGCUGAAAGCGUCUGGUUUAUUGUCACUUUGCAUUUCAGCACAAACUGACAAACUCUCGUGGCUGGAAUAGAGAACACGAGACCGCGGGAGAGACGUGGAACGUGGAUCUGAUUCCUUUAAUCUCGUUUUCCUUCGGAUUUAUUUCAUCUAUUCCCCCCAAAAAACUCUUUGAAACGUUUUCCUGGAGCAAACCCGAGGAUGUUGCUCCGCUGCUUGAACCCUCCCUCCUGGUCCACCUGUAGGUUUUUCUUCUGCUUUUUGCUGGCGCUCCAAACGCCCCGGUCCUCCUCUCCGCUAAUUACAGGUACUGAGGCCAGCUGCGAUAACGAAGGAGAGGUCCUCCACAUCCCCAACAUCACCGACAACCCCUGCAUCACCUGCGUCUGUCGGGAAGGGAAGGCAGACUGUAAACAGGAGAAAUGUCCUCUGGUCUCUGAAGACUGUGCUCUGGUGGUGAAACAGACCGGAGCCUGCUGUGAGAGGUGUAAAGGCUGCAUGUUGGACGGACGAUCCUACAACAGCUCUGUGUCCUGGACCACCUCCACCAAACCCUGCAUCACCCGAAGGUGUCAGGAAGGUGUCAUCACGGAGGCAGAAGUGCAGUGUGUCGUCCACUGCAAGAACCCCAAAAUCCACCCGAAGAAGUGCUGCCCCACCUGCCCCAGUUGUAUCUUCGAGGGUCGUCUGUUCAAAGAGAAGGAGGAGUUCAGUCCAGAGGGCAAACCCUGCAUCAAGUGCACCUGCACGGGAGGACGGACUCUCUGCAUGAGAGAGGUGUGUCCUGUCCUUUCCUGUCCCGCCCACCUCACCCACACGCCGCCCGGACAGUGCUGCCCCAGAUGUCUCGGCCAGAGGAAGGUGUUCGAUCUGUCUUUAGGAAGCUGUCUGUUCCACAGUGAGGUCUAUGAGAACGGCACCUGCUUCAUACAUGACAACUGUACCACCUGCACCUGCAAGGAUUCAACAGUGGUGUGCAAGAAGCGGUGCUCACGGCAGGGCAGUUGCCAGGGCGACCAGUGUUGUGAUGAGUGUUUGUCCUACGUGAAGGUGGAGGAGGUGAAGUACUGCAGAGUCCGGAACAAGAUCUACAGGGAAGGAGACAUGUGGUCUUCAGUGAACUGCACUCUCUGUGCCUGCGUCAAAGGAAACAUCGAGUGUCGGCCCAAGCAGUGUGUCCCAAUCACCAGCUGCCCCUCGAAUAAGAUCCUGAACAGAACCGGCUGCUGUCCAGUUUGCACUGAAAAGCCGGGUGUGUGUACAGUGUUCGGGGACCCUCACUACAACACCUUCGAUGGCAGAACGUUUAACUUUCAGGGAACCUGUCAGUACGUCCUGACUCGUGACUGUGGCGGUGUCCCCUCCGGAACCCCGGGAAAUAACAUCAACAGCCCAGAGUCCAGCUUCACGGUGCUGGUGAAGAACGACGCCCGGCGGACUCGCUCCUUCUCCUGGACUCAGUCUGUUGAGGUGAGGCUUGGAGCUUUGAUCCUCAGCCUGCACCAGCACCUGACGGUGCGAAGGAACGGCACCCGCAUCGCGCUGCCCUACCAUGGCCCCGGGGUGCACAUCGACCUGGACGGAUACCUGCUUAAACUCACCACCAUAGCAGGUCUUGAGAUCACGUGGGACGGUGACAGUUUCGUGGAGGUCGUGGCGGCUCCCCACCUGCGCGGACGCCUCUGCGGCCUCUGUGGCAACUACAACGGCCACAAGCGCGACGACACCAUGGGAGGUGACGGCCAGUUCAAGUUCGACGUGGACGAGUUCGCCGAGUCGUGGCGAGUCGAGGGGAACGAGGUUUGCUCCCAGCAGCCUCCGCCUCGCCGGCCGACGUCCUUCCUGUGUCCGGGCAGCGUCAAAGUCAAGUUCCGCGCUCACCGGGAAUGUCAGAAGAUAAAGUCGUGGGAGUUUCAGAAGUGCCACCGUGUGGUGGACUACGCCCCUUUCUACAGGUCGUGUGUGACAGACAUGUGUGAGUGUCCGGUCCAUAAAAACUGCUACUGCGAGUCCUUCAUCGCCUACAGCCGAGCCUGCGAGAGGGAGGGAGUCCCCGUCCUCUGGAGGCCCGACACUGCCUGUAUGGCCACACAGUGUAAACACGGCGCCGUGUACGACACCUGCGGCCCGGGCUGCACCAAAACCUGCGACAACUGGAACGAGAUUGGACCGUGCCAAAAGCCCUGCGUGGCCGGCUGCCAUUGUCCCGCCAACCUGGUGCUCUUCCAGGGACGCUGCAUCAAACCCAUAUCCUGCCCUGGGCGGUGACCCUUGUGACCCGGGCGGGAGGGGAGGUUAAGUUAGGGAGGGACAUUUAGGUUCAAAAUUAAACGGGCCAAACCUGCUGAGAAGAGUUUGGGAGGACUCUAACGGGUCUGAGGUGACGGAUCAGAUGCCACAAGGUACUCAGGGUCCAUAUGUUAGCAAAGAAGCACACUGCAGUGGCACUGCGGUGAUGGACCGAUGGGAGGCUGAUCCUCGCCGCUGCUUUCAGCUUCUGACUGUCUUGUGCCUCCUGUAAUAAUAUCAGCACCACAGGAGGCAUGAAUUCCUGUCUUGCAGAGGAAGAACUUAACUCCCAAGAUAAAACUCAGGGGCCCUUUCUGGAGGUUUUACUGUCUCCGCUAUCUGAGGAAAGUUGGACGCGCUGUCACGAAUCCUCAGGAAACAAUCUGGGCCAGCGGACUCCCGUUAGAGCCAACAUGGCACCAGAGUUUCUCUCACAAACACUCUGAAGUGGGAAACUGAGCAUCUGCGUUUGAAAGCAGACAAACUCUCUGAUGCAUCAUAUCAAACUGUCCUUGUGAUCCUCUAUUCCCUCAUUUCAUACUGUAAGCUAGCCAGAUUUAUAUGAAAAACAGACAGCUUUUAUAAUAUUAUUGUUCUAAUUAUUAUUAUAAUUAUUAUUAUUUGUUGUUGUUGAUGUUGUUAAUUUAUAUAUCAGUCAAAUGACAUGUCGUAGCAAGAGCCAGAAUCAUGAAUAUAAUUGAGUUUAAAUGAUUUAAAGGGAAACAAAAGCUAUUUAUGUAUUUGUAGUGUACUUUUGUGUUACUGUUUGAAGAGAAAUGCCCAAAUGUGACUCAGCUGUUGCACCAUCGCAGGGAAAACGUACUGUAUUGUAUUAUGCUCCAUGUACAGGUUGUUGUGGUUAGUAUCAAACUGAAGGUGUUCAUCUAAACAAAUGUUUCACUUGACAAUAAUUAUUUAAGACCAGCAAUAUAAUCUUUUAUCGAAGUUCAUUUCUGACUGCUGUCUUUACUCUUCAAAGUCCUGAAACCUUUAAUA